AAGAAGAAGACAAAGACCUCGGUUGCCGCCAGAGUCGGAUUCAGAAAGAUGGCCUACUUCAGCGAACUGUACCAGGCUUCCCUUCGGCCUCUUCCUGCCGGCAAGCCCUUACCAGACGAGAGCGGAUUCAUGGACUACGUUUCCCCGCCGCCAGUCAACCGGUACGGCCUCGACUACUACGAGCCUUUCGACCACCCUCCUCCUCCCCCUCCCUCUCCCCAGGGCUACAACAUCCCUUUCUACUACCCUCCCACUCCUCUCGUUAGUCCACCUCCUCCACCUCCGAUGACUGCCACUGCCUUGCUUCGUCCCUACGAUCCUCCACCGUUGCUACGCUACCGUAGGGUUGAAGCCCCGAGCUCAGAUCAGCAGGGGCAGCCCUUGCUGAGCACAGUCCUUUACGGCACGCUAACGGUGCUCAGCCUGCUCCUCUUCAUCCUCGUGGUGGCUUCUGUCGUCGUGGUGGCAGGAAAGCGUUCGCCGAGAAGGGAGCCCAGGACGGAAGUGAACUUGGUCCGCUACCGGACACUUCCGGUCCGCGAAGUCCACUUCUCUCGGCGUCCCCUAAAGCUUGCCUUCGAGACGCCUGACAACGCAGGGCCAGCGUCCCCCCGCAAGCACAUUGACGAGGGCGACGUCCAAAAAUAGUAUACGACGCCUGCCAGCGCCUUCGACUCGAUCCGAAUGCUGGCGUUUUUCGUCAAUCCUUCUCUUUCUUCUAUAUUUUUUUCUUGGGCUACUGGCGCUUUAGCGAAACACAUUCUCUUCGUGAAGUAGCGAACUUGGGAGGAGCCUUUGCUUCUUCCUCCGUGCGGGCUCCACAAGUACGGUCAAAAAAUAUAUAUAUAUAGUAAUCGUG